ACCUCGUUGGGUAUUUAUAGAUAAAGGUCUUCAUACAACCAUAUUACAGUGUUGGUAUUUUCUAGCAUAUUUGUUACUCCAAUCGGGUGGUUAUGAUUGAGUUCUUUCGACACUCUCCUUCUAGUAAUGUAUCUUCCGGAGACAUGAGUGUUCUGAACUCUCUUCGCAUGUUGAUAUUAGAUCUCCCGAUUAUCGUGCAUCAUGUUGGACUUUCGAUGUCAGGCCCACCUUGAUCUGACUCUUUAGUGUUUGCGCGUGCUUCACCAGUAGCAUUUAAUGCGUUGUCACUUGAUUUGAACUGGGAUGUCCAUUCUUCUUAAUCCUCUCAUCUAUCGUUCGUCCAAUUGGAUCUGGUAGAUAUUUUGAUUACUUCACCUAGACCCUUGGGUUUGAUAUGAUGUUUCGUUUUAUUAUCUUCUCUUGGUACUUCACAGCCUAGGAUGAUGACACGUGCAUAUGUCAUAUACUUUCUCCUACAAUUAUGCCCGUUUCUUUCCACUCGUGUAAUUGACACAAUGCGAAGAAACUGCUUCGCCUCUCUUAACCGCCUCCAAGUCGUCUUUCCUGUCGACACGUAUCCCACCUUUUCAACUUUAAUACCCACUACCUUCUCUGCCGGUUAUUGCUUCUCCUCGACCGCUACGCCUGGUUUAAAUAGAGAGCAGAGUCUUAACUUCUCAUUCUUCCAAAAUUUAUUCUCUCACAUCUGAAGCUCUCCAACAUUCUCUGCAACUUCUUCAAUCUCUUGUUUUGUUCCCUUGUUGUUGUUUUUGUUACCCUUCACUCUUUCGUCAUUGCUGUGAUCAUCAACUCAUCAUCACCUUCACUGUUGUUGCCUUCAUAACUAUGUUCUUCACCAUCUACUAUCUCUACCAUGUGAUCAUCAAUGGCUUCCUCUACUUCCAUGACUGAGAAAAGGUGUGUAAGUUACACAUUUUCUGAUGAAUAUAGCUUUCCCGUUGGUUCUCUAUAUUCCAUCGUCGAUCCUUCGCUCCAUGAUCUUGACUCUAUUUUUCCUGAUGAUUCUUCGUUAUCUUCAUGUAGGGCUGAGAAAAGAGUUUUUAAGUAUUCCAAUCUCUAUGAUUCUCAAUUUGUUGAUCAUUUGAAGGAUGAGUUUGAACUCUAUGAUUACCAAGUCGAACUGCUUUCGGGUCAGAUAAGAGUUCUGGAGAAAGAUGAGUUCACCACCUUUUCUCAUUCUGCGGCGACGACUAUUAUAACCAAGGGUUAGCUCGAAAUCGGGUUGCGUUUGCCUCUAUAUAUCAUCCUUGUCGUCCUUUUGUUUAUGAAGUUUUGUCCAGAUUCAGCCUCCUCGGGCUUUAGCACAGUGGAAUGGAAACUCAUUUCGACUCAUGGCUGAAUGGGAGAGACGAGGGAGAGGUGAAUGUUCUUGAACCAAACAUUCAACCUAUGAUCCUUCCGACAAAGAUAAGUAGCCGGCUUCUUGGCUAAUUAUAAGAGUGGUACGCCUUCCGGUAGCUUAGACAAUUUUACUGCUAGUCCUCAUCGUCAGCGUGUUACGGAGGGUUUCGAGAAGAAAAUGUUGGAUGAAAACCACGAGAGUGGUAGCAACAAGAACAAUCAUGCCCGACAUACUAGUGAUCCUAAUUGGAACAUGGUCCCAUUAGUUGUCCGUAGCCAAUCUUGAGUGGAAAAUUUCCUCCUCUGACUUUUCCUGUCGAUCCUUACCAAUUCUUGGUUGCAAAUGUCGACUCUCAUAUGGUUCAAACUCGGUUUGGUCGUAAGAGGACUGGUGGUGGUAGUAAGCCCGAGGAGGAGUCAGUGAAGAAAUUCAAGGCUGGAGGUGACUAUAGUGAAACCGAUCAAGGUAGCGGUGCUUCGGGUGAUAAAGGUAGUGUUGAUCCCGAUGACAAUCUCCUUUUGUCUCAGUUUUUGAAGGGUGGAGAAAGUACUAACACAAUUGGAGUUGAUAAAGGUGUUAAGGGUAUCAAGGUUGCUUCUUCCACUGCUAAGGAAGUGCCCCAGACUCGAUUGUCAGGGAAAAGAGUGGUGCGUCCUGAGCUGAAGGUUCAUGUGGUGUUAUAGGAUGAUGAUGAGGAUUUGGAUCAGUUUGCCGAGUCUGAUGAGGAAGUUGAGGAUGAGGGAGGAGAUAGAGGUGAUAUGGGUGGAGAACAUGAUGAGGAGGUCCGAAACCAAGAACAUCCUCGGGAUAAUGUGCCUUUGAAAAAUAUCGAAAGAGAUACUAGUGGAUCUCGGAACAAGGAAGUUAUCCCGAGUUCGGCCUUUUCCUUUUAAGGUCGUGCUUGUGACUCGUUCGGUUCCCUUGCAUCUUCUAACUUCAUAUCGUUGUCUCCUUUGAAAAUAUUGGCUGUCGUUUCUUCUUAUGGUCCUGCUAUGAAGGAUAAUCUUGAUACCAUCGUGAUUGGAUCUUCCCAUGAUAUCCGUUCGUUUAUCAUAUUUUUGGUUGCUAAGUAAUUAUCUUGGGAUUUAUAGGAGGAUAACCCUCAUCAUCAGCGCGCCAUCGCCCGUCAAAAGGAUCGAGAGGAAAUAGCUCGACUCCAGUCCCUACUUUCUGAUGGAUUUUCAAAUGAUGUUGUAGUUGUGGUAAAAACUGGGUUCUUUUCAGACUUGUGAAGGAAAUAAUUUCUUAGAUUUAAAUUUAAACAGGCAAAUAAAUUUUGUUUGAAAACUUUAGGAAAAAACACCAA